GGCACGAACAACUGGAGGAAAAGAAGGAAAAAUCUAUUCGCGCUAUCUCAUCUUCUCCAUUCAUCGUUCAUAAAGCUUGCAUCGGGUUGCAGCGCAUUGCGCAUAGCGUCAUUCUUCCUGCACGAAUCCCUUGGAAAAAUCCCCUAGUCCUGCCAGUCCAGUCCCCUACGGCCUAUGCCCUACAAAUCUUCCAAUUAUUUCCAAUUCAUCUGAUCGAUCCAGCCCUGCCAGCCAUACACUACAAUCCGCAUAGACCUAACUAAGCUCCAACGACCCUCUUUCCAAAUCCACUUCAUCCCAUCCUUAAUCCACUCGAAACUAUCCUAUCAUAUCCUAUCAUACGAUCUAUUACCCUGCCGCCUACUACCGCCUACCUACUUCACCGCACACGAUCAACCACUGUCUCGUUAUUGUUUUUUUUGUGGUCCGAUCAACUACAUACAUAGUAACCCCCCCCCCCCGGGCCGGCCGCCACCACGACCGAUUCACCGACUUGCAUUGUAUUUUAGUCCCAUCCUAAUCCAACACCGCUCGUUUCUCCUCCCCUGUACCUAUCAACCACCCGACCGCUCUGCAUACCUACAUGUUACGAUGCGAAUCUAUUAAAUGCUUCACUCGCCAUGGCCUUCAACUUCAACUGGUCGCCGCUCACGGCCGACGCCGAGUUCUAUAAGCGAGCUCAGGAGCUCCUCACGGACGCACUCAAUAAAUCUCCGAAGCCCCCCAUAAUCGUCGAUGAUAUCCUCGUCACCGAGUUCAACCUCGGAUCCGUACCGCCGGAUCUGGAGAUUCUAGAGAUUGGGGACUUGGCCGAGGAUAGGUUUCGCGGCAUCUUCAAGAUGUGCUACUCGGGUGACGCCUUCUUGACAUUACGAACAAGAGUUCAAGCAAACCCCUUGAAUACGUAUCUCUCAGCUAAGCCGACCUUCACGUCGCCGCAACCACUAGCAGCUGCAUCAAGCCUGACGAUACCUUUGUCUAUUACUUUAUCUGAGAUUAAGCUAUCCGCUUUCAUUAUUUUGGUUUUUUCGAAGCAAAAAGGUCUUACCUUGGUCUUCCGAAAUGAUCCUCUUGAAUCACUCAAGGUCUCUUCGACCUUUGACUCAAUCCAGUUCGUUCGAGACUACCUUCAGAGAACCAUUGAAGGAAAGUUACGAACUUUAAUGAUGGAUGAGUUACCAGCUAUUAUUCAUAAACUCUCUCUACGGCUUUGGUGUCCUGAUCAAUUGCCGAGGGAAGACAUUGUGCCGAAAGAAGAGGCCGAGGAUGAAGCUGUCAUCGACCCCUUUACCAAUCUACCUGCGGAAGCAGUCGACUCCAAUGGACAUGUGCUUGAUCCUAGUGAGAUUGCGUCGAUAUCUAUGGACGGUGGUCCGGAGAUGCAGUCGCUCUUCUCUCAGAAGAAUCUGUUGAGAUUAGCAGCUCUUACCGACUCCCAUCGGACAUUAUCGCUUUUCACACCUGGAAUUCGUGAUGCAUUGUUCAGAGCUUGGGCAGGGUCGAUGGACCGCAGUGAUACCGGUUACUCAACGCCGAACCCAAUGAUGCCUAGUCUAAUGCGAACGCAUUCCGUGCAGGGAAGUAGUACAACCUACACGUUUACCGAUUCAAGCAGCGUGGAUCAAGGCAGUAUACCCUCCCGGCCGUCUUUAACUAGUCUUCACUCGGCUACCACCGGUCUGGCUCUUGGCGCUGGUCGGCAUUCAAGAAGCUCGCGCAAGAAGAAGACUCGUGUAGUUAACUUGCGCCGCAGUAGAGCUGGAGAUGAGACGAGCACCGAAGCUAGUGAGUCUGUAUCGGAGACUACGUCGGUUGCUGGUCCAUUUUCGGAACCCAUCUUGCCGACUUCAAUACCAGAAGAUCCCGAGGAUGAACCAGCCGAUGAAGAACCGUAUUCAAGUAACAUUCGAUUCAGGUCUGAGAAGGAAUUGCCAUCUCGUCCGCCCCUGGAUAUGGAUAUGUUCAAAGAUCCAGCUGCCACCGUGGAUGCUUCCGUAGAGUCGGCGGAGAAUGUGUCAGUAGUGAACAAUGCGAGUAGUACUCCAGUCCGGCGCCAGGAAAGGAUUUUAGAAGCUCUCGCUUCGUCUUCCAGAAGCCCGUUUAAUCUAGAACGACGUCGGCCGAUGAGUUCCGAUUCCUCAUCGGUGAUCCUAGAGCAGGCUUGGAUCAUGAAGAUGGCAGGCGAGAUUGCUCGUCGCGUAUAUGACGAGAAGCAGCGAAACGAGAACUUUUGGGCGGAGGCGGAAGACACUCCGCCCCCCGCAUACCAAGCGACACAAUAAGCUGUCGCAUAGAGCACCAUCAUUUCAAUCUUUCCAAGAUUUUUUUCGUUUGUCUAUACAAGCACAGUAGACUGUAAAUACGGCACAUGGCGUUACGACAAGGCAUUACGGCAGGGAAGGCCCUGGUGGUGGAGAUAUCCGAAUGUCUAAUGUUUAUUGAGCAGUGUGUUUUUGCAGCAGAGGCGUUUGGGCGAACGGGUCUAUAAAAAUGGGGAUAUUGAUUACGACUUGUUUUGAAAGGGAAGACUGACUAUUUUGGUCUAUCGGUCGAAGACAACGUUGGGAGCUCGGACGAAAGAAAAACUCGUCAGACACAAGAGUUUUUCGAUACAGCAAAUAAACUGCUUUUAGCAAGCCUCUCUUAUGUCAAGAUCGGAUUGCGCCCUAGAGGCCACUAUGGAAGGAAAGGACUGGGGAAAAGGGAGGUCAAGGAUAGGGACCCAGGGGAUUUAGGGUACGGUAGAGUUAGAGCAUGCUGGUACAUAAGGGGUCUCCCGGGUACGGCUGAGCUAGCUAGCUGUGUCGUGGAGACUCGCUCGAGGCUGGAGUCCUCUUGAGGGAAAUACUCCAAUCCGAAAUCAAUAAAGACCAUAUUAUGAGCAAUUCGAUGGUGU